AUGGCACAACAGAACAAUUCGAGAAAUUCAGCAAAGAUCUCUUCGAAUCGUCGUAAUCGUACAGAUAAAAUUACAAAGCUUGAACAGCUUUCACCAGAAAUUUUCUACGAAAUUUUCGAUUAUCUAACAGGUAGUCAAAUUUAUAUUUCCUUUUUUCGUCUCAAUAGUCGUAUCAAUGAACUUGUCUACAAUACACCUAAUGUUCAUUUGGAUUUAUCACAAACACGAACAAAAUUUUAUCACAGUUUUCAACAAAUAUUUUGCUCACAAAAUAUCGUUUCAGUUGUUUUAGACUGUGAUAUUGACAACUUAUUAAAAAGAUUAUUCAGUACAACUGGCGGAAUAAGAAAUCCGUAA